UUGUUUUUCUAUCACAUGAUCUUAUGUUCUCUAUGGAAUUUCAGAUGGUGUGACCUGAGAGCAGGAUAAACGGGGAUGCCUUGUUGGUUGUGUGUGAUCUGGUUGACUCUGGCAGCUUGUGAAAACUGGAGUUACGCACUGGUUUUCUUUCUGAGUGUUCUGUGACUUCUGCUGUGUGCUGGAAAAUGAAGUAAAGGGUUCUAUGGAGUUCAUUACUCUUUCACUGGAUCAAAUGUUUAUAUAUUAUCCAUCUUGAAGAAGUCAUAAUUGGAGCCAGAAAUCACUCAAGGGCAGAUUUUAACACAGACCAUACUUCAUUUACUCCCACGAUGGGUGAUGAAGAGAUUACUUACACAACUGUGAGAUUCCAUAAGUCUUCAGGGUUGCAGAAUCGAGGAAGGGCUGAUGAGAAGCAAGGGCCCAGAGAAGCUGGCCACAGAGAAUCUUCAGUCCCUUGGUGCUUCAUUGUGAUACCUCUGGGAGUCCUUUGUUCCAUUCUGCUGGUGACAAUUGCCGUGUUGGUGACAUACAUUUUUCAAUAUAGUCAAGAAAACCAUGAACUACAGAAAAAUCUAAACAACCCCAGUCAAAGGAAUACCACCAUGCAAAAUAACAGCUGCUUAAAUGAAACUUUGAGAAAUAAGUCUACAUGGUGUGAUGACUUCAAACAUCAGAAGGAACCAGGCACUCUCAAUAGAAAACAGAACAGAUGCUGUGGGAAAACUAAGGUUGUUUUAGAAUGUGUACAGCACACAGAGAAGCAUGUUGAAGGACACUUGUUCUGCUGUGGCAUAAAAUGUUAUUAUUUCAUCAUGGACAUGGACCAUAAACACUGGAGUGGAUGUAAACAGACCUGCCAGGACUGCAGCUUAUCCCUUUUGAAGAUAGAUGAUGAUGAUGAACCGAAGUUCUUACAGUCCCAGGUUACUGCAAACAGAUACUGGAUUGGAUUAAAAUACAGUGGAAGCAAAGGGGAAUGGCAAUGGAUUGGCGAUGUCCCAUCUGAACUUAAUUUGACAACAGUGAAAUUAUUAAAGGAAAGUGGAGGCUGUGCAUUUCUCAGUUUUGGAGGUAUACGUGAAGAUGACUGUGGUAGAAAAUACCCCUGUAUCUGUGAAAAGAGAAUGGAUAAAUUCCCUGGUUCCAUGUACAGUAUGAAGGAAAAGUAAAAAUGGAACGUUUUAUCAUAUUUUCUGGAAUCCUGUGAUGAUUUGUGACUACUUGAUAACUGAAUGUCUUAACCAAAGGACUCAGUCAGCUGAGCAAACAUACCAAUGAGCUGGAAAGAGAAGAGAUGUGCUGUGGGAUGUUCUGUAUGUCCUGUGGGAGCCCUUCUUGGGUUC